UUGCGUCUUUUUUUAUCUAUAUCUAUCUAUCUAUCUAUCUAUCUAUCUAUCUAUCUAUCUAUCUUUUCAUUUUCAGUAUCGUUCGAAUCUAAUCUCUCUAUCUUUUCAUCUCAAUCCUUCUUUCAUGUCUAUCUCAUCUUUUAUAUCUAUCUAUAUCUAUCUAUCUGUCUAUCUAUCUCCUUUUCAUUUUCCAAUCUAUUCAAUCCUUUUUCAUGUAUCUAUCGUUAUAUCUAUCUCUCUCUCAGUCUUCUGUCUAUCGAUCAAUCUAUUUGCGUCUUUUUUUAUCUAUCUAUCUAUCUAUCUAUCUAUCUAUCUAUCUAUCAAUAUCUAGCUCAAUCCUUUUUCAUGUAUCUAUCUUUUCAUUUUCUAUCAAUCUAUCUAGCUCAAUCCUUUUCAUGUAUCUAUCGUUCUAUCUAUCUCCCUUUUCUCUCAGUCUUCUGUCUAUCUAUCAAUAUCUAUCUAUCUAUCUAUCUAUCUAUCUAUCUAUCUAUCUAUCUAUCUAUCUCCUUUUCAUUUUCCAAUCUAGCUAGCUCAAUCCUUUUUCAUGUAUCUAUCGUUAUAUCUGACUCUCUCUCACUCAAUCCUUUUUUUCAUGUAUCUAUCGUUAUAUCUGACUCUCUCUCAGUCUGUCUAUCGAUCAAUCUAUUUGCGUCUUUUUCAUAUAUCUAUCUAUCUAUCUAUCUAUCUAUCUAUCUAUCUAUCUAUCUAUCUAUCUAUCUAUCUCCUUUUUUCAUUUCCAAUCUAGCUAGCUCAAUCCUUUUCAUGUAUCUAUCGUUAUAUCUGACUCCUCUCUCAGUCUGUCUAUCGUCAAUCUAUCUAUCAUCUAUCUAUCUAUAUCUAUCUAUCUAUCUAUCUAUCUCCUUUUUAUCUAUCUAUCUAUCUUUUUAUCUAUCUAUCUAUCUAUCUAUCUAUCUAUCUCGUCUUUUCAUAUUCUAUCUAUCUAAUCUAUCCCUUUUCAUUUCCAAUCUAGCUAGCUCAAUCCUUUUUCAUGUAUCUAUCGUUAUAUCUGACUCUCUCUCAGUCUGUCUAUCGAUCAAUCUAUUUGCUCUGUCUAUCGCUUUAUCUAUCUACGUCUUUUUUCUAUCUAUCUAUCUAUCUAUCUAUCUAUCUAUCUAUCUAUCUCCCUUUUCAUUUUCCAAUCUAGCUAGCUCAAUCCUUUUUCAUGUAUCUAUCGUUAUAUCUGACUCUCUCUCAGUCUGUCUAUCGAUCAAUCUAUUUGCUCUGUCUAUCGAUCAAUCUAUUUGCGUCUUUUUAUCUAUCUAUCUAUCUAUCUAUCUAUCUAUCUAUCUAUCUAUCUAUCUAUCUAUCUCAAUCCUUUUCAUUUCCAAUCUAGCUAGCUCAAUCCUUUUCAUGUAUCUAUCGUUAUAUCUGACUCUCUCUCAUCUGUCUAUCGAUCAAUCUAUUUGCGUCUUUUUCAUAUCUAUCUAUCUAUCUAUCUAUCUAUCUAUCUAUCUAUCUCCCUUUUCAUUUUCCAAUCUAGCUAGCUCAAUCCUUUUUCAUGUAUCUAUCGUUAUAUCUGACUCUCUCUCAGUCUGUCUAUCGAUCAAUCUAUUUGCGUCUUUUUAUCUAUCUAUCUAUCUAUCUAUCUAUCUAUCUAUCUAUCUAUCUAUCUCCUUUUCAUUUUCCAAUCUAGCUAGCUCAAUCCUUUUUCAUGUAUCUAUCGUUAUAUCUGACUCUCUCUCAGUCUGUCUAUCGAUCAAUCUAUUUGCGUCUUUUCAUAUUUCUAUCUAUCUAUCUAUCUAUCUAUCUAUCUAUCUAUCUAUCUAUCUAUCUAUUUUCAUUUUCCAAUCUAUGCUCUGUCUAUCGAUCAAUCUAUUUGCGUCUUUUCAUUUCUAUCUAUCUAUCUAUCUAUCUAUCUAUCUAUCUAUCUAUCUCUCCUUUUCAUUUUCCAAUCUAGCUAGCUCAAUCCUUUUCAUGUAUCUAUCGUUAUAUCUGACUCUCUCUCAGUCUGUCUAUCGAUCAAUCUAUUUGCGUCUUUUUUUUUAUCUAUCUAUCUAUCUAUCUAUCUAUCUAUCUCUUUCUAUCUAUCUAUCUAUCUCCUUUUUCAUGUUUUCGUUUUUCCAAUCUAUCUGUCUAUCGAUCAAUCUAUCUAUCGUUAUAUUUCUCUCAGUCUAUCUAUCUCAAUCUAUCUAUUUAUCUAUCUAUCUAUCUAUCUAUCUAUCUAUCUCCUUUUCAUUUUCCAAUCUAGCUAGCUCAAUCCUUUUUCAUGUAUCUAUCGUUAUAUCUGACUCUCUCUCAGUCUGUCUAUCGAUCAAUCUAUCUUUUUCAUAUUAUCAUAUCUAUCUAUCUAUCUAUCUAUCUAUCUAUCUAUCUAUCUAUCUAUCUAUCUAUCUCCCUUUUCAUUUUCCAAUCUAG